AAUAACCAAAUCUGAAUUGCAUGGGAUUAUUUCAGCCCCGUAAAACCGUAAAAUGGCUCAAAGGAACAUCUUGAGACUAUUGCAGACCGUGAAAACGGGAUGUUCGAUGACGGGACGAUCGUAUGGCGAGACUGUCGUGAAGAAUUGUCGCAGAUAUUCCACGAGACAAGUGUUUCAAUGUUGUCGGCAUAUGUCGUCCUCGCAGCAAGUUCCGCCACAAACCCCUCAACAACCAACAGGCCCGAAAAUCAUCUCGACCCUCUUUCCACAAACAGCGGUGGAUGCAAAAGCCGAGGAAGAGGCUCGCGAGGAGCAAAAACGCGAAGAAGAGGAGAAAAAAGAGAAGGAAAAAUCAAAUAAACGAAUGAAAUAUGGCAUGUACGCUUUUGCAGCAUCAGCUGGCGUGAUGGCUAUCUGGACUGUCAUUGAUUUCGGAUCGCCCGAAACAGAUGCGGAAGGCAAGGAGAUCGAAGAUGAGUUCACACACUUGCCAAUUGUCGAGCAGUAUUUCCGUCGCAUGUGGAAAUCGAUGACUUAUUAUCAGAAAAUCAUUCAAGAACCAUCAGCGCAACGCCUGCUGCCCGAUCCCCUCAAAUACCCGUACAUUCAACCGAAAUACACGCUCGUGCUGGAGAUGAAAGGACUACUUGUGCAUCCGGAUUGGACGUAUAAAACGGGAUGGCGCUUCAAGAAACGUCCCGGCGUCGAUCAAUUUUUGGAACAACUCGCGCGUCACUUUGAAAUUGUCGUUUAUACCGCGGAUCAGGGUAUCACAGUGUUUCCCAUUUUGGAUGCGCUUGACCCCAAUGGCUAUAUAAUGUAUCGUUUGGUGCGCGACGCGACACAUUUCGUCGAUGGGCAUCACGUGAAGAACCUGGAUAACAUUAAUCGGGAUCUCAAACGGGUCAUUGUCGUGGAUUGGGAUCCGAAUUCGGUGAAAUUGCAUCCCGACAAUGCCUUUGUCAUCCCGAAAUGGGACGGAAAUGAUCAUGACACGACGUUGCUGGAGUUGGUGGCGUUCUUGAAGACCGUUGCUACCUCAGAUGUGGACGAUGUGCGUGAAGUUUUGCACUAUUAUCGCGAUUUCAGUAAUCCCCUCGAAAAAUUCAAAGACAACCUCAAAAAAUUACAAGAGAUCGAGGAGAAGGAUCGAGAGGAAAGGGAGAAACAAGGCACUCCGGCAGUCAAAAAAUGGUCACCUAGUCUUUUCAAUAAGAAGUAGAGCUUUUUAGAAUUAGUUUUUGGUUCGUUGACUGUUUAUAGGGCUCAAAUUAUCGCAAAUUAACCCACAUCAAUAAUAAUAAAAAGAAAGUUAAAGCCAUACAA